AUCCCUGACACAAGUUCUUGAACGUAAUUGCAUCAGUCUGGAGCGGGGUUUUUUGAAACAGUCACAUCCCAAACCAGCACAUCAGACUUGGGUGAAAAAAUUGCAGCUACAGGCCACGUCCCUGAUCUGUGGAACGUCUUCGCCUGCGCCUCACCUCCACCAUGUCCGACCCUGCUGUGGAGCUCCCGUUCUUCUAUGGCAGCAUCAGUCGCUCGGAGGCCGAGGAGCACCUGAAGCUGGCCGGCAUGGGAGACGGCCUCUUUCUCCUGCGCCAGUGUCUCCGCAGCCUGGGCGGCUACGUCCUCUCUUUGGUUUGGAACUUGGAGUUCUACCAUUACUCUGUAGAGAAACAGUUAAACGGGACGUACUGCAUUUCGGGUGGAAAGUCUCACUGUGGACCCGCUGAGCUCUGUGAAUAUUACAGCAAAGACCCGGACGGCCUGGUGUGCACCCUUAGAAAGCCUUGCCUGCGAUCGGCUGACACACCGAUCAACCCGGGUGUGUUUGACAGCCUGAGGGACAACAUGCUCAGAGAAUAUGUGCGGCAGACCUGGAGCUUGGAGGGUGAAGCCAUGGAGCAAGCCAUCAUUAGCCAGGCCCCACAACUAGAGAAACUGAUUGCCACCACAGCGCAUGAAAAAAUGCCCUGGUUCCAUGGCAAGAUACCCCGACUGGAGAGUGAGAGACGCCUGUACUCAGGAUCUCAGCCGGAUGGAAAGUUCCUAGUUCGAGAAAGAGAUGAGUUUGGCACCUACGCGCUGUCUGUGACAUAUGGAAAAACAGUAUAUCAUUAUCAGAUCUUACACGACAAAUCAGGGAAAUAUGCAAUGCCAGAGGGAACUAAAUUUGACACUGUCUGGCAGUUGGUUGAAUACUUAAAAAUGAAGCCAGAUGGUCUUGUGACUGUACUGAGAGAACCAUGUGUCAACCAAAACAACGCAGCACCAGCCGUCCCGAACGAACGGGGGAGGAGUAGAGGACAUAAUGGGUACACACCGCCCCCUACAGUUCCCCAGUGUGCACGACCAUCUCUGCCUAUGGAUCAUGAUGCAUUCAUCAGUCCAUAUGAUGAUCCAAAUGAAUGCAAGAAGAAAUCACUGUUCAUCAAGAGAGACAAGCUUAUGAUCGACGAAGUGGAGCUUGGAUCGGGCAACUUUGGUUGUGUUAAGAAAGGCGUUUUCAAAAUGGAAAGCAAACAGAUUGAUGUGGCCAUUAAAGUACUGAAGAAUGAGAAUGAUAAAUCGGUAAAAGAGGAAAUGAUGCGAGAAGCCCAAAUUAUGCAUCAGCUGAGUGAUCCGUUCAUUGUGCGCAUGAUUGGGCUCUGUGAAGCCGAAGCGCUGAUGCUGGUCAUGGAGAUGGCCCCUGGUGGACCGCUUAACAAAUUUCUCUCUGCCAAAAAGGACCUGGUCACUGUGGAUAACUUGGUGAUGUUAAUGCAUCAGGUCUCUAUAGGGAUGAAGUAUUUAGAAGGCAGGAACUUUGUUCACAGAGACUUGGCUGCCCGUAAUGUACUUUUGGUCAACCAGCAAUAUGCCAAGAUCAGUGAUUUUGGCCUCUCCAAGGCACUGGGUGCAGAUGACAACUAUUACAAGGCACGCACAGGGGGGAAAUGGCCUUUAAAAUGGUAUGCACCAGAGUGCAUCCAAUUUCACAAGUUUUCCAGCAAAAGUGAUGUUUGGAGCUUUGGUGUUACCAUGUGGGAGGCCUUUACCUAUGGAGGAAAACCUUAUAAGAAAAUGAAAGGCCCGGAAGUAAUGAGUUUUAUAGAAAGUGGAAGUCGUAUGGAAUGCCCACCGGGAUGUCCCGAUACCAUAUAUGAGUUGAUGAAGGACUGCUGGACGUACAAGCAUGAAGAUCGGCCAGGCUUUGUAAAGGUUGAGGAGAGGAUGAGAACUUUCUAUUACUCUAUUUCCAAAAAGAUCCCGGAUUAUAUGAAAACAGAGAACGGAAAGCCCCCUAAAGAAUAAAACUGAAAACAGUUUGAAAAGAUGUGAAGAAGCAUUUUGAAUAUUUUUAUUAUGUUUAUAAAUCUCUCCAUCAGAAGAAUGCAAGUGAACUUUAAUUAUUUGCCUGCUACUAUCAGUAGUACUUUGUAUUGCUUUGUUUAUAAUAAUUUUGCAUCAUUUAAUAUUUAAAUAUGCCAUAUAUUAUUGCCACAAUUAUUCAUACUCAAACUCACAGUCUUGUGCUUUCUGUUAAUGUGUGUUUGGAAGUUUUGAUUUUUUUUUUUUUUUUAAGAAAACUUCUCAUAUUUUUCAGUCAUUGUUUUAUGUUUCUGGCAUUUUGAAACUGCACAUGCAAUAAAAUUGAGCCAAUUCAUAAACUUGUGUCAUAAAAUUGUUUUACAUGAACUAUAUCUGUUGAACUAACAAACGAUGCAUUUUGUAAUACAGAAAUAUACAAAUCAUUUUGUUUCUUUUGGUAAAUACCUAAUUAGUUAAAGCAUUAGCUAACAUGAACUAACAAUAAACAAUACUUCCAUAGCAUUAUUAUUAAUCUUAUUUCAUUUUAUUGAACUAAAUAAAACUUGUAUUGACA